UUCUGCUCUCAAGAGCAGUACAAAACAUCGCUUCGCCCACAACCUGUUGUAACUUUUACCACCCAGUGCCAUUGACUAUUGUGCCAGUAAAAUCACCUCCCAGUGCUGUAUUUUAACUAAUGAAAACCUCUGACAAACAUAUCUAAUAGUGUAUAUACCCAACACAUUUUUUUACAAUGAAAAAGUUUCACCGAGUUUUAGUGUUUAUCGUAGCUUUGCUUAUUUUGUACCUGAUGUAUCGGUAUUCGUUCGAGGUGGAUAGUGACGGAAACUAUUUGUUCCUGAAACCAUCGGACGGUAGUGGGAGUGGUUCGGCUGGCAGAGGUUUCCUAACGCUUCUUCAGCCUGACGAUACAGAGAACUUAGCGAGUCGUACGAGAGCGACCAAUCCAAAAAGACUAGUAAAUUUAACAGAUUUUCAAUUUAGAAUAAAAAACGAUAUAUGUAAAGAAAAUGGCAGUUAUUCGGAACUGUUGGGAGUAAUUCUGAUCACGUCAUACGUGGGCAAUGAUGCCAUUCGAUCCGCACACCGACAGGCUAUCUCGCAGCAGAAGCUCAUUUCGAUGGGUAUGUUGCGAAUAUUUUCACUGGGAAGCAUUCCCCCUUCAGAGCGUUUCAUUACCCAGGAGGCUAUCGAACAUGAACAGCAUCUAUUUGGGGAUCUUAUUCAGGGAAGCUUCAUGGAAGCCUAUCGCAACCUAACCUACAAGCAUGUAAUGAGUCUCAAAUGGACCACAGAACACUGCCGGAAGGUCAAGUUCCUGAUCAAAAUGGACGACGAUAUCGUUUACGAUCCGUUUUACAUACAAAACUACCUCUCGGAUUUGGGUCAACAAAAGGAACAGCGAAACCUGCUGGCGGGAUUUACCUUCAACAACAAAAAGGUUAUUCGACUCAAAGCCAACAAAUGGUAUGUUUCUAGGGAAGAGUUCGCUCGAGACGUUUACCCGCCAUAUCUAUCGGGUUGGUUGUAUAUCACAAAUCAGCGAACGGCGCACGAAUUGGUGGCCCUGUCCGAAACGGUGCCAUUUUUCUGGAUCGACGAUACGUACGUCACUGGCAUUUUAGCGGAACGUGCCAAAAUCCAAUUGACGAGUUUAAACAAGUGGUUCAGUGCCAACUCUGAAUUUAUCGAUUGCUGCAUCCGCGAUAUGAAGCGGUACUCAUAUCAGUGUGAUUAUUACGUAGGCCCGAACGGAGGGAAUAGCAAGUUGAUAAUGGACUUUAUCCAGGAACUGGAACGUUGUUAUGAUAAUGCAUGUUACCAGAGACCUAGUGGAAGGUCGCUCACGGCCACUUGUGUGGCCGAAUACAAAAAUAUUGUCCAGGACCAUGGAACUGCGCUAAUUAACAUGAUUAGGCUUAGAUAAACCGCGUGGAAUAAGUAAUAAUGUGUUCCUAAAUCGAUACUUACAGUUUAACUUAAUUUAUUCGUAGAACCAGAGACUAGAGACGCACUGAACUAGCACAACGAAUUUAAAAUAUAUACUUACGAAAAUCUGUAUGCCAGAUACCCGUCCAGUAUUCGCCAUCAGGUGUGUAGGUAUGCAGGCAAGUCGGAAACAUGACUUUACAUUGGUACUUCCGUAUUUUAUCUAGUUUUAUAAGUGUGAAAUUAAGCUUGAAUGUCAAUCUCAAACUAUGACAAUGACAUUUCCCUGCAUACCUCCAUAUCUCAUGGUCGAAUUCCAUCACAUUAUACAAAAAGCCAUUCGUGUCCCACACACUUGAUAAUAUAGAAUGUGUGCCAAUUGGUAAUAGGGAAUUCUCGGUGUCUUAAAUUAAUCUAUUUAUAUAAACUUGGUAGUUAAACAUGAAAAAAAAUACAUUCCAAUUUCUGAAAAGAAUGAAGCACCAACUCAGCACAAAACUGUGUGAAAAAAUUCUGAAUUGCAAACUAUUUGUUAUUAAUGAUAAGAAACAAAUAAAUGGAGAGGAACGCCUUCCGAAGUCUAUUGUUAUGGUCUUCAUCAGUGUUUGGAUCAGUGUUGCCACAUUUUAAUCUGUACCAUAAGGAUUAACAAUCUUACUCAUCUGUACUUUUUCUUAUAAAAAUCUGUACCAUCGAAAAUAUUCGUUGCAGAGAAAAUCCAUUUUAUAGCAUAAAAAAUACUCAUUUAUUCACUACAAAUAUCACAUUUACAUUUCAUUAGUCAUUCGUGUAUCAAACAUGCUCAUACAUAGUUUUUUUUUCUGAAUCUAGAUUGCACACUAUCGUUUAUUAAACGUUUCGAGCUGCCGCGCCAAGCGAUACUGCGGCGUAAAAGUAAGCAUGUUCCUUAAUGUAGCUUUGUUCAAAUGUAAAACAUUUCACCCGCGGAAAAAAUCUGUACCAAUCUGUACCUUUUGACGAAAAUCUGUAUUCUGCAACGUACAGACAUCCCUAUUCUGUAUUCCAACGGAUUCCCAUUUCGUUCGAAACCGUUAUUUCGUUCGAGUUAUAAUUUCGCAUUCCCUAUUACGAACGAUUUGUCCACUUAAUGUUCGAAGAGAAAUAGAUCGAACGGAAUGCAAAAACAACUCGAACGAAAUACAGAAUGGAAUAUUAUCAAGUCGUUCGAAAUAUUUCGAAUCGAUCGAAAUACAGAAUAGGGGUAAGAAUCUGUACCAAAAAUAACGAAAAAAUCUGUACCUUUCCAUAUGAAUCUGUACAUGUGGCAACACUGGUUUGGAUAUUAAAUGAGCACAAUAUGAACCAAUGCCUUUCAUUCGUUUCUCCAUUCACGAACAAUAUUCCCUUUGAACCUUCCAACACAUUUAUGUAACUGAGCCUGUAAAACUAAACGAUUUAAUAAAAAAAAACCUUCCAACACGGUGAUGCCAGAUAGAGAUGGGCAAACCGUUCACGAAAGAACUAGUUCGCCGAAAAGAGUGAACGAACGGUUACG